ACGAAAUAGCUCUGUGAUGAAUGUCACAUUUAAAUUUCCCGCCAGUUUGCAGUACUGAUUUCACCAAAACGCAGUAAUAAAAAUUCAUAUUAUUUGGCCAGUUUUUCAAGCAGAAACUUAAAUUCAAGUUUUUUAUAAGUGUAAAUCGAAAAAUGUUUCAAAUUUGCACUAACACUGUCCAAUUGGAUGAAAUUUAAAUGCCAGCAUUGCCAAUAAAAAUCAAUAAAGUCACUAGAUGUAGAACCAAAAACACUACAGUUUUUCAUUGCAAGUGUUUUUUUCUUAUUUUGCAAACAAACAAUUAAAAAAUACAAAUAAAGUAAGAUGUAACAGAUCUCUCAUUAGGUAAUCAUGGCACCGGAAGAAUGUUAUUUCAAUAUUCCAGUUUUGUUAAUUUCAACAACUGUAAGUUUUUUGAGUGUUCAUUCAACAAUUGUUGAAAAGCCCGUUUUUAAGUGGUUGAGUAAGCAGACGGGGAGAGAACAGGAGCUACAGCAACAAAAGCUUGCAUUAAAAAAUGAACAGUCAUUACUCAGCAUGGUGGACGAGUUUGCAAAAUACUCAAAGCUUCAAAGACGAAUCAAUGUAAUUGAUAGAGAAUUGGAACAAAUAAAAGGGGAAAAACCAACAAACAGUUUUGUGUUACAAUUAGGUUUUACCUAUGGUGUCAAGUUGGUUUUUGCCUUGUUGUUAAUUGUACUAUCACUUUAUUACCGAUACACUCCUGUGCUUUAUCUAGGUGAUAAGGUGAAUUUAAUGCCGUUUACAAACUUUAUUUGUUACCCAAAUGAAGCUAAUUAUGUGUCGUUUUACUUCUGGGUGAUGUGUUGCGUGACUGUAGCACGAUUAAUUUAAUAAAUAAUAAAAAUUG